UGGUUGGCGGCUGCGGCCAUUUUGUGGAUCUCUGGUUCCUCCUCCCCCCCCCCGCCUUCUCUCGGUCCUAGUCUUUUGCUUCUGCCGGGGGCCUGGACGUGAAACGAGGGGCCGCGGAGCUCUCUCAUUUCUUUACAAAAAACCCCCCAACCACCCCACCCCUCCUUCCCGGUUGUCGGAGCCUACCGGUAGUCCCCUUCCCCCUCCGCGCGGUGUCCUGGGUCCGUCUGCGAGCGGCCCUCCUUCGCCGCGAUGGAAGACGACGGGCAGCCCAAGACACUGUUUCUAUACUAUGCCUGUCAAUGCAGCAUAAGUGAUGUCUCAUGAAUUAGGGAGACAGCCUAUAGAGCUAUGUAGGAAAUCUUUCCAGAGAUGUGACUGAAGUACUUAUACUUCAGUUAUUCAGCCAAAUUGGACCCUGCAAAAGCUGUAAAAUGAUAACAGAGCAACCCGAUAGCAGAAGGGUCAACUCUUCUGUUGGAUUUUCUGUUUUGCAGCAUACAAGCAAUGACCCUUAUUGCUUUGUGGAAUUUUAUGAACACAGGGAUGCAGCUGCUGCAUUAGCUGCUAUGAAUGGGAGAAAAAUUUUGGGAAAGGAAGUAAAGGUUAACUGGGCAACAACACCAAGUAGCCAGAAAAAAGAUACAUCAAAUCACUUCCAUGUGUUUGUGGGAGAUUUAAGUCCAGAAAUAACAACAGAAGACAUCAAGUCAGCAUUUGCUCCUUUUGGUAAAAUAUCGGAUGCACGGGUAGUUAAAGAUAUGGCAACAGGAAAAUCUAAAGGAUAUGGCUUUGUAUCGUUUUAUAAUAAAUUGGAUGCAGAAAAUGCAAUUGUUCAUAUGGGUGGCCAGUGGUUAGGAGGUCGACAAAUCAGAACUAACUGGGCAACACGGAAACCGCCUGCCCCUAAAAGUACACAAGAAAAUAGCACAAAACAACUGAGAUUUGAAGAUGUAGUAAAUCAGUCAAGCCCUAAAAACUGUACAGUCUACUGCGGAGGAAUUGCCUCUGGAUUAACAGAUCAGUUGAUGAGACAGACAUUUUCACCUUUUGGACAGAUUAUGGAAACAAGAGCUUUUCCAGGAAAAGGCUACUCAUUUGUGAGGUUUUCAACUCAUGAAAGUGCAGCACAUGCCAUUGUUUCAGUAAAUGGAACUACAAUUGAAGGCCAUGUUGUUAAAUGCUAUUGGGGUAAAGAAUCGCCAGAUAUAAGUAAAAACUUCCAACAGGUGGAUUACAGUCAGUGGGGACAUUGGAGUCAAGUGUAUGGGAAUCCACAGCAGUAUGGACAGUACGUGGCCAAUGGGUGGCAAGUGCCAUCUUAUGGAAUGUAUGGACAAGCGUGGAAUCAACAGGGAUUUGGUGUGGAUCAAACACCAUCUGCAGCCUGGAUGAGUGGAUUUGGUGCCCAGCCUGCCCAGGGACAAGCAGCUCCUGUAAUACCCAAUCAGGCUGGAUAUGUGUUUUACAUCACAGAUUUUAAGAAAAAUGACAUUAAAGAUGCUUUUAGUUGAACAGUAAAUCCUGACGUUUUGGCUGUGGACCAAACAUUACAUCAAAGAAGACAGUGUUUUCUUCAUUAACCACAAAGCCAUCAUUCAGAAGACAUACUCAUGGAAAUAGCUUUUUUUCCACAAAUUAUUUUUUUCCAUAUGUUUGAAGAAACUGAAGUCUGGUAUAAAUAUUUCAGUCUUUGCUGAAAAACAGUGCUAUCUGCAAUACUUGAGCAAACACCUGUUAACCACAUUCAGGAGCAUAUUAAAUCUUUCCAGAUCUUGUUUGCUUGAAGUGAAAAAAUUUGCAUUUGAUUUUGGGGAAGCAGUUUUUUCCAAAGUAUGGUGCUUAAGCAGUCAUACUUGUACUUUUACAUAAAAGUUUGUACCUAACUGCAAUGUUGCAAAAGCAUGCUCAGAGAUAGAAGUAGCGAUGUAAUUAUUCAAAAUAAUACUUAAUAUGCUCUGCUGCUAUAUUUGCAGUAGAUUGACAAGAAUGUGAAAGACUGACACUUCCAAAGUUGGCUACUAUGUAAAGUGACAUAACUAUACAAAGAGCCUUAAUUCUUCAAUACCUUUUGUCACUAGAAACCUGAAUUAUUUUGCUUUCUGUUACUCAGUAUGUAAAUAUUUUGGUUGACAACCUUGUAUACCUACUUGACGGUUCCUAUAAGUUGUAUAGUAACUGAGUGUUAAAAAAAAUUGGGGAUGUUUUUUAAAUCUAGAAAUAUUUAGCCCAAGAAUUUUUUUAACCAGAUUGUUAAAAUACCUUAUUUUAGAAAUUCCUCAAUGUGCCAUUUGGUUAACAGAAAUGCAGUUGAAAUAAGUAUACUGAGCUGUGGCUUAUUCUUAGUUAAAAUGUUUUGGGGUUGGUUUUUUUUUUUUGUAUUUUGGGGUGGCUUGCAUGUGACAAACCUGUACAGAGGCUGGGUUGUUUGUGCACCGAGUAUUACUGGGAUAAAUCAUGAAGUUGUUCAAAAGGUAUACUUGGGUUAUUUCUCACUUAUUUUGUGGAUACACUGACACAACUGCCUCAAUAAAUUUUGAGUUGAAAACGAA